AUGAAUCUGCUUAUUGUCCUCUCCCUCGUGGCCCUCGCGGUCGCCGCUCCUCCCCCGAGACUGAACUAUCAGCCAAACGACGUUCAACUCCUGAGAUACGAAAAUGACAAUAUUGGUACUGGUAACUACAGAUACGCUUUUGAGCAAAGUGACGGCACAAAACAAGAACAGAGAGGAGAGUUGAGAAACGAGGGUCGUGAAGAUGAGUACGUCGCCAUGACAGGUUCCUACACUUGGAUUGGUCCAGACGGCGUGACCUACCUUGUGACUUAUACUGCUGAUGAAAAUGGUUUCCAGCCUGAAAUCGAAGAAGGGCCUGGUGGCGCCGUACCUGACGCAGUAGUCGCUAGCCUUCUUGGU